AUGUGUGGUGUAUCCAGUGAGAAUGUCACGCUCUGCGUGCCGCGGUUGAAGGAAAUCAUCAAUGUUGCGACGAACAUCAAGACGCCCUCACUGAUACUCGCCCACGAGUCCUCGGUACUCACCUACUUCCCCAUCAUUAUCCCCGACAUCACCUCGUUACAGCCCGCAGUCCCCGUCAUUCAGCCCAACGUCACCACAGUACUCAGCCAAGAGUCCAUCCUAGUCGUUCAACCUGGCUUCUGA